AUGUCUAACACGAUAGAUACGUCCAAGUUGGCCUUGAUCCCUCAGGGGGCGGCCUAUGGCCUUCUCAUUGGUCUCAGCGUGGUGUUCUGCGGUGUCAUUUUGAUUGCCGUCAAGGUACAGAAAGCGUAUCUUGCUGAAGAUUCUGGAAAGUCGGAAAUGUUCAUGGUCGCCAAUCGCUCCGUAGGGAGAGGAUUGUGUGCAUCCGCAGUCUUCAGCUCCUGGAUGUGGAUCAACGAGACGGUAUUGUGUGCGGCUAUGACAUAUAGAUACGGUCUUGCAGUGCCUCUGUGGUGGGGAUCUGGUCUAUGCUUCCAAAUUGCACUGAUGGCAGCACUCGGUGUUAUGGCCAAGAUUCGAGUCCCUUAUGCUCAUACCUCGCUUGAAGUCGUUCGGAUGCGCUAUGGCAAGAUUGGACAUCUCGUGUUUAUUGUGCUCAACCUCGUCAACAACGUCUUCGGCUGCGCCUCGAUGAUUAUGACGGGCUCUCAGCUUAUUCAUGGUGUUUCUGGCAUGCACUAUGUAGCAGCAACUAUUCUCGUUCCCCUUGGAGUUGUCCUCUAUACAGCCGUCGGUGGCUUGAAGGCCACAUUCCUGACAGACUUUUUGCACACGGCCAUUGCCCUCAUUCUCAUCAUCUAUUUCACGAUCGCUGUUCUCACAAACUCAGCCAUUGGUGGGCUAGGUGGUUUGUAUGAUAAAGUUACUGCAACAGCUGCGGAUAAUUACAUCCCCGGCAACUACGAAGGUUCACUUCUCACAUUCAAGUCCAAGGAUGCAAUUAUUUGGGGGUUGAUUCUCAAGUUUGGAAACCUGGCACUUGUCGUUAUGGAUACCGCAUUUUGGCAAAAGUCCUUUGCGACAGAGGUCAAGGCAACAGUGCCAGGAUACAAUAUCGCUGCAUUGGCUGUUUUCGGUAUUCCCUGGGGUCUGGGCACAGUCAUCGGGUUGGCAACGAGAGCAAUUCACGAUACACCAAUCUUUCCGACCUACCCUGGUCUGCUUACUGCCACUGAAGUCAGCUCGGGCAUGGUGAUGCCAUAUACCAUAAAAGCACUCAUCGGAGACAAAGGAAUUAUUGGAUUCUUCUUCCUUUUGUUCAUGGCUUUGACGAGUACCGUUUCCUCCUCAAUGAUUGCCGUCAGUAGCAUCUUGUCUUAUGACAUCUAUAAGACAUAUCUCAACCCGAAAGCUACCGACAAGCAAAUUGUGGGAGUGAGCCACUUGACUGUUGUUAUCCACGGCGUCUUUAUCACCGGAAUUUCCAUCGCUCUAAACUACGGAGGAGCAAACAUGACAUGGAUCGGGUACCUGAGACCCAUCAUCUCAUGCCCUGGAAUCAUUCCCAUGAUUCUCACUUUAUUCUGGUCUCGGCAGACCCGGAUAGCUGCAAUUGUCUCUCCCGUGCUUGGCUUCUUUUCAGGCCUCGCUGUCUGGUUGGCAACAACCAAAUAUAUGUAUGGACAUAUCAAUAUCACAACCACUACAAAUCCCUAUCCAGCACUAUAUGCAGCCAUCGCUUCCUUCUUCACGCCGGCUCUCUAUUCCGUUGUCCUGUCACUCUAUAAGCCUUACAAGUUCGACUGGAGGGUGUUCCUUCGAAUUGAGCUCGCAGAUCAAGCAGAAAUCCAGUCGCCCUCAGACACAAGCACAUUGAACGAGAGCAGCGAGGAAGACCACGAAAAUGAUUCGAAGCGCGUCGCUGGAUGUGUCAAACCGGUUGUGGAUAGCCAACCAGAAAACAUUGAAAACGACGCAGAGCAGAUUGGCGACAUCAGCGAAAAGAAUACUACGAAGAAAGCUUCGUCGCCAUCUUCCGUGGAAAUCAGCCUCGAUGAUAUUCAGCACCCAUUUGAUGACGCAACAUUGAAAGAGCUGUACAGAUGGCUCAAGAUUGCAUGGUACAUGUUCGGAGCUAUCGUGCUGAUCACGUUCGUUGCUUGGCCUCUUCCACUGUAUCGCGAUUAUAUCUUCACAAAAUCAUUUUUUGCGGGGUGGGUAGUUGUCGCCAUAAUCUGGCAGUUCGCUGCCUUUGGGGCGGUCGUGAUUUUCCCACUUUAUGACGGACGGCAGGAUAUUGCGAUCGGUGCGAGGGGUAUCUGGAAGUCUUCUAAAGACCUCACAACUCUGCCUGUCGAAUCCCAAAAUAUUUACGACGACCCAGAUUUCUUUGAGUAUGGAAAUCUCCCUCGAUCUCAACACGGUCUGCAGGCCGCACCGAAAUGGCCUAUCCUGGAGGGGAUGAUCCUCAGUACCAAGUUCUCUCCCAUAGGGCCAUCAGAAAAUUCUCUGAAAGGAUCUCUGAUUCUCGACUUAGGAUGUGGCUACGGCUGGUUCAUACGCUGGGCCCGUGAGAAAGGCGCUGCUUACGUCAAAGGAGUCGAUAUUUCCCAAAACAUGAUCAACCGAGCAAAGGAGUUUGAGACUGAGAUCAAUCACCAAACGAGGAACGGGGUGGUGGCAUCAGCCCCUGCUACUGAAGUCAUCUUCGAAAUCCACGAUCUAGAAACUAUAACCUUGAGCCACCAGCCCAAACAUGAGCUGUAUGAUAUGGUUUAUAGUUCCCUGACUUUUCACUACGUUGAGGAUAUGGUGAUGAUCAUGAGCGAGGGGGGGAGAUUGAUCUUCUCCGUUGAACACCCUAUUGGAACCGCCCUAGUCUACCCAAAGCCGGGCUUCAGGGUGAUACGGGAUGCAGGUGCAGACCGGAAGGUGUGGCCAUUGAAUUCUUAUAGCAGCGAGGGCCUGCGCUUGACUAGCUGGCUGGGAGCAGAGGGAGUAAGGAAAUAUCAUCGCACUGUUGAGACCUAUGCCACAGCUUUGCUUGAGAAUGGGUUUGUGUUGACCGGAUUGAAGGAUUGGUGUCCUUCAAAGGAGAGUGUCGCAGGUCAAGCAGACUGGAACAUUGAGGGAUAUCGUCCCUACUUUCUGCUGAUUUCUGCUGAGGCAAAGCAAUGA